AUGAAAGUACUUAAUAACAGUUUGGUUGUAUUAUGUCCCAUAAUAAUAUUGUUCUUCUUUCUGAAUAGCGUUGUAUUAGGAAACAACAAUAGAAAUAAUAUAAAUUUUCAUGAAACAGAAAAUGCAGCCAAGGCAAUGAGAAAAUUGUUAAGUGGUGAAAUUAAUAGUAUCAAAUUAGAUAAUGGAGAUGAACUAAAAAUAAAAUUAAAUGAUGAAAAACAUAAAGAUUCUACAAAAGGGAAUAAAAAUUAUUCAUUUAUAAGCAAUCUAGAAGAAGAAAUAUAUUCUCAAACAGAUUUGUUGAGAAAAGAACAAGAAAUGAAUGAACAAAAUAACAAAAUAAUUGAAGACAGACAAGAAUUCUAUAUUUUGAAUAAUAAUGAAAUUGAAAAUGUAGCAACACAUUUUGUUUUGGAAAAUAAUUUUGAUGAGUUAAAUAUACCAUCGUUUAAGCAAAGUCUUAUAGAUAUAAUUCAAUCGUUAAAUAAUUAA